AUGUCCGGAGACCUGGAGUCCAGCUUGCUGAAGUCUCAGCCUUCCUCUCCUUCAUCGUCCUCAGAGGCAUCUUUCUCUUCUUCUUCUUCAUAUGACUUGGAGUACGCUCGUAUUUGUCAGGACGACAAGGUCGAGAGCUUCCGUAUUGAAACUCUCGAAGUAGAGGAUGAUAUCUCUCUCGACGACACCUUCGUCACACCUCGACCCUUGCCGCCUUGGCUGAGAUAUCCAAAGAGCUUUGCCUUGGCCUUGGUCCCGAGUUUCUUGCAUCCAGUGGACCCGGAUGCAACAACAAAGCCCCUUCAUCCAUCAGCUUGGCUCGCGUUUUUCGUCGUUUGCCACCACUGGUCCCUAUGUACGCUGACCGUCGAGGUUCGCCGCGGCUUCAUGAGCGAUGAUACCCCUCUCUUCCUCCAGCUUCCGAUCCUCCGCUUGGCUCUUUCAGGACUGUCGAAUGUCUGCGUCUUCUUCGUCAUCUCCGGUUAUGCCCUGAGUUACAAGCCCAUGAGGCUUAUCAAGCAGAAGAAGUCGGCCGAGUUUGCAAUCGCCGCCGCUUCCUCUGCUUUUCGUCGGUAUAUCCGCCUCUUCCUCCCGACAAUGAUCACGUCACUCGCUGUCGCCGGCCUGGCCUACUUCAAACUCUUUGAGCUUGAGCCUAUACCUGGUCCAACUAUCACCAUGUUCAGGCCACCAGCACUGGACAAUGCAUGGGACCAGAUAGUCGGAUGGUGGGGGCACUUCUCAAAUUUGUCUGACCCAAUGGCCAAGAAUAUCGAAAGAGGAAGAGGGUUCCCCUAUCAGCCGCAACUUUGGACCAUCCCCGUGGAGUUUGACGGUUCACUCAUUAUCUUCUUGGCACAUAUCGCCUUUUACCGAGUUCGCCCUAGCGUUCGAAUCUUUUUCCUUGUGUGCCUACUCGUCUACACGAUUCACUCCGGCUACUGGCAUUUCUUUCUUUUCUUAUCUGGCCUGCUCCUCGCUGCCCUCAGAUUCUACGGCGAUGAUGAGGAUGCCGAUUACGAGAGCAAUGGCUACGACUGGCAAACUCUGCCGCACCUAUCGAGCCCUUCGUACUGGCGACGCCAGGGACUGAGAGGGUUCAAUGCCCCAAUUUCGUUCAUUAGAUCUUCAAAACCUUACGGUAUCUCCAAGAAGAGCCUCCAAUUAGCCUCUUUCAUCGGCUCCCUCUGGGUGCUGUCAUUCCCUGAGGGGAGCGGAAGUGUCGCGCAAACCCCAGGAUUCAGAACCAUUUCCUGGCUAACCCCUGCACGAUACGGCGAAGGCGACUGCUUCUGGAUCCCCGUCGCCGCAGUAUGGCUGGUUUUCACUAUUGACCAGUCGCAAUUCAUUCAGCAGAUUUUCACGGGUCGGAUAAUCCAAUACCUCGGCCGGAUAUCGUUCGCAAUCUACCUCGUUCACAACUGUCUGAUUUGGCUAUGGGGCUAUCACCUCGUUCAGUUCUUCAGUGCCAUUACUGGCGUCUCUCUUGAGGCCAACCUUAGCAUUGACUGGGGCUUUGUUGUCUUUCUUUCAACGUGUCUUUACUUACUGGGUGUCGUCUGCGUGGCGGAUUUCGUGCAGAGAUAUGUGGAUGUCAACGCUGUUAAGUUUGCGGCUUGGUUCGAGGGGAAGUUGAUUGAGAAGACAAAGUAG